AUGGCUCCUGGCGUCGACACCGAAACACAGCCCCAGGCACCCUACAGCAAGGCCGCCAACGGCAACGGGGCCGUCGACCGCGUCAAGGCCAACGAGCUGAAGGAAGACAAGAUCGCCAACAAGCUCGGCGCUCAAGACAUGUACAUCGACGCCGAAAAGGACACCGACUGGUACCAUUGGACCGGCUCCAUCUACGUCAAGCCCUACCGCUUCGAGAACCGCUCUGGCACUUACGUGAUCGCGCUCAAGACGGAGCCGCACGCCGAGCUCGGCAAGCACCGCCAUCGCGGCCAGGUCAAGGCCUACACCAUCAAGGGUAACUGGGGAUACCAUGAAUACGACUGGACGGGCAAGGCCGGCGACUACGUGACCGAAACCCCGGGCACCAUCCACACGCUGUACAUGGGCGCCGGCAGCCAGGUGAUUUUCGACGUCAUGGGCUCCAUCGAGUUCUACAACGACGACAACACGCUGCGCGAGAUCAUGGACGGGUUUUCGUUCUGGCGCAUGUACGAGGAGCACUGUGCCGAGAAGGGCGUGGAGCCGAAUCAGGGGUUGUGGUACUGA